AUGCAUUUUUGGAUUGAUAAACGAUCGCAAGCGUGUGGUUUCGGUAGAGCCCGUGUGGCAGCAUCUUUGUCGGGUGGUGGUGGUCUUGGCUUUGGCCAUCCGCGACGCGUGCCUCGGAAAUCAAUGGUCACUCCAAUACAUCGGUUUCAAACGGUCGACUGUAAUCGCCCUCACAUUCAUCGUCAGCAGCAGUCACAACAGCAACCGCAUCCACAAUCGCAAUCGAAUCCAUCUGUCCCAGGAACGCAUUUUUCGUCCACACAAAGUCAGCAAUCUUCCGCGCAUCAGCAACCGCAUCAUCCACAGCAAUCGCAUGCAGAUCCGCAACAUCACCGUCAUCAUCCGCAUUAUCCGCAUCACAAUCAAAGCACUACUCAACAGCAGUCGCACCCAAAUAAUCAACAACAACAACAGGUACAUCAGGUGCAGUUGCACCUUAGUGGUCAAUAUAAUACCCAGAGCAGCAUUCUGCCUGCGUCAACGCCUUAUCCGCAGCCGAGUCCAAACCUGCAACAAAGUCCGUCGCCGAACGCUGUAAACUACCACGUACCUGUGUCGAUGAACCACAUUUUCAGUGCAACACAAUCAUCCGGUGCUGAGACAGAGGGCAUUAGCAAUGUUGGGCAACACAUACAGCCGCACGUUGGACAUGAUGCGCAAUUGUUACCGGCACACCUGAAAUGUGGCAUGUGGGCUUCGUUGGCUCUAGCUACGGUGUUUGUAGCUGGAGCGAAGUUUUACUUCGACCAUCAGGGAACCGGUUUAGAGGUGUUAAUAUUUUGUGCAUUUUCGGCUACAUUCUUUUUGGCUGCUUGCACCGUAUCGCUAUGGAGACGGCCACGGGACAUCCAGAUCAACAGCAACAACAUGAUAUCGGACACGAUUUCAAACGCAGAACAAAGUUCACUACAGAACAACCCUGAUUUUCUAAGUAGCAACCCAUCGCCGCUGCUGAAUGGAAGUGCCGGAAGUGGUCCAUUGGGGGGACUUGUUACAGGAAACAUUCAACAGGCUUCAUUGGCAAGCAUAGUGGCACCUCCACCACCUUAUCAUAUAGCGAUACUGCUGCCCGAUACUUCGAAAGAAGCGGAGGAAGCCCCUCCACCGUCUUACGAUAAAAUAGUGAUUUAA